UGCAAACAUUUGCAUAGUAUUUGAUUCCGCACAUAAACCUUCCUUUCUUAUCUUCUAAAUACGGUUUAUGAUUGAAACUAUCAUAAAGAAAAUUGAAUAUAUCAGUGUUGUUUGGAUGAUUUGAGAUAUUUUUGUUGUGAUGUGACAUGCAAGAUGAAAGGUCAGGAACUAGCUGAUCAAGACAAACUUAGAAAGGCUGAGAAAAAUUGGCCUCAAAUUGUAGCAGUUCUGGUAGCUUGUUUAUCCAGUUUAACGAGUGGAUUGUUCUUGGCAUGGCCCUCGCCGUUCAUACUGAAGAUCACCCAAGACAAGGAGAACUAUGCCAUUAGUGAGGACCAAGCAUCUUACUUCACCAUAUUCAACGUUGUAGGACUGAUUGUAUUCCCCCCCUUCUUAACCAUUUUCAAUAUUCCCGAUGUUAUUGGGAGAAAACCGACUAUAAUGUUAACUGCAAUUCCACAUAUCAUAUCCUGGAUUUUGAUAGCCUUCUGUACCAAUUUGUACCUACUCUAUUUAGCAAGAUUUACAUCUGGAUUGGGCGAUGCGUUGGUAUUUGCCUCUUUACCUGUUUAUAUUGGAGAAAUCACGACACCUAAAGUAAGGGGAAUAUGGGGGAAUGGUUUGAUUUGUUCUAUAUUUCUCGGACAAUUCCUUAUGAACGCCAUUGGUUCUUACUGCAAUGUCCAAGAGACGUCUUUCAUUUGUCUAACAGUGCCAGUGAUAUUAGUAGUUGCUUUGACUUUCAUACCGGAAUCUCCGUACUUCUACGUAAUGACAGGGAAAGACGAGAGAGCAGAGAAAUCUUUGCAAAAACUCAGAGGAAUAGACGAUAUUGAGAAAGAAUUGUUACAACUGAAGGCUGCAGUGGAACGACAAAUGUCAGAAACUGGAACAUGGAAAGAUCUCGUCAUGGUCAGAAGUAACAGAAGAGCCUUAGUAGCGUUAGUUUUCCUUCGUUUUUCUCAGGUCACCUCAGGAAUUUUUGUGUUCGCAUCAUAUAUGCAGUUUAUUUUCGACAAGGCAGGAGGGGAAAUUGAGCCAGGAGUGUCGUCAAUGAUUUACAUGGGACUCACCUUCAUCAUAUAUUCUGGUGGCACAUAUGUUUGUGACAAAUUCGGCCGAAAGAAAUCUUACAUGAUUUCUAUGGCAUUAUCUGGCAUGCAUGUCCAGUUUGACAAGUGGAAUGUUCGUCGCUUGGCCAUCGCCUUUUAUUGUCAAGAUCACCCAAGAUAAGGAGAACUAUGCUAUAAGUGAAGACCAAGCUUCUUAUUUCACCAUCUGGAUAAAUGUAGGAAUCGUAGUGCUUUCUCCAUUCUUCACAAUUUUCAGCAUAACCGAUUUGAUUGGAAGAAAACGAACCCUGAUGUUGACAGCUAUUCCACAUGGGUCAUCCUGGCUCAUGAAAGCUUUCAGUACGAACUUGUACGUACUCAAUUUAGCAAGAUUCACAGCAGGGCUGGGAGAUGCGAUUUUGUUCGCCUCUCUGCCAGCUUACAUUGGAGAGAUUACGACACCAAGAAUCAGAGGAGUCUGGGGAAAUGCUCUGAUUUGCUCUUUAUUUCUGGGACAGUUUCUGAUGAACGUCAUCGGUGCUUACUGCAGCGUUCAACAAACAUCUUUCAUUUUCUUAACGAUACCAGUGAUAUUUCUAGUUCUUUUCUCUCUGAUGCCAGAGUCUCCGUAUUUUUAUGCCAUGAAAGGAAGAGAGGAGGAAGCAAAAAUCGCACUUCAACGACUGAGAGGAACGGAUGCGGUCGAAGAAGAAUUAACUAAUUUGAAUUCUGCAGUCAGAAGGUAAAUGUCAGAAACCGGCACGUGGAAAGAUCUCAUUAUGCUUCGAAGUAAUAGAAAAGCUUUGACAGCGGCACUCUUUCUGCGCAUCUCACAAGUUUUGGUGGGGGUUUACGUUUUUGCUUCGUAUACUCAAUUCAUUUUUCAAAAAGCGGGAGGAAAUUUGAGUUCUGAAAUGUCCUCAAUUAUUUAUGUAGGGUUGAGCUUCGUUUUGUUCUCAAUCGGAGCUUAUUUCUCUGAUAAAUUCGGUAGGAGGAAGUCAUAUGCUAUUUCUUCGGGUUUAUCAUCGAUUGUGCUCUUAUCAGAAGCAGUUUAUUUUUACAUAGAGUCAAACCACCCAGAACUGAAUAUCGAUACUAUCCAGUGGUUUCCUCUAGCAGGCAUGAUUGUUUUUAUAGUAUUCACAUCUUUCGGUGUCGCUAUUAUUCCUACGUUGAUGUUGGGUGAGUUAUUUUCCGCGAGCAUCAAAUCUAAAGGAGUUGGUGCUGUUACAACACUUUUUGGACUCUUCGUGUUUCUUGCUAACUAUAUAUUUUAUUUCAUCAACUCUUACACGGGACUUUACGGUCCUUUCUUACUUUUUGGUUGCUGCUCCGUCAUAUCAUCUAUUUUGACGAUUUACCUGGUUCCCGAAACGAAAGGUAAAUCUUUAGAAGAAAUUCAACAGAUUCUGAAUAGCAAAGUUACUUGUAGUGAUAUUAAAGAGUGAUGUUAUUUGA